UUCAAUGCAUUUUUAAAUACCUUGAAAAAAUGCCAGAAUCAGAAAAAGGAAAAUUCAGUGUUCGGCCAGCGGACAGAAGAAGCGUCUGCUGCACAAUACUUCCAGUUUUAUGGCUGCACUUCCCAGCAGCAGAACAUGCUGCAAGAUUUCGUGAGAACAGCCACUUACCACAGAGCCGUCCUCCAGAACCGUAUUGACUUUAGAGACAAGGUUGCUCUAGAUGUCGGUUGUGGAUCAGGAAUACUGUCUUUUUUUGCUGUACAGGCUGGAGCUAGGAGGGUUUAUGCAGAUGAAGCCAGUUCGGUAGCACGAUAUGCUGAGAUGCUAGUGAAAAAUAACCACCUUUCAGACAAGAUCAUUGUUUUGCCAGGAAAAAUUGAAGAAAUCUCACUUCCUGAGGCUGUAGAUGUGAUAAUUUCUGAACCAAUGGGAUACAUGCUCUUCAAUGAAAGGAUGCUGGAGAGUUACCUUCAUUCCAAACAAUGGCUAAAAUCAAAUGGAAUGAUGUUCCCGACAUUCGGCGACGUCCACUUGGCCCCCUUUUCUGAUGAAAAGCUCUACGUGGAACACUACUCCAGAGCCAACUUUUGGUACCAGCAGUGCUUCUGUGGGGUCAACUUGUUCAGUCUCCAGGGUGUGGCAGUGGAGGACUACUUCAGACAGCCAAUAGUAGACACAUUUGAUAUUAGGAUUUUGAUGGCUUGGACAGUCAAAUACCCAGUAAACUUUAUGGAUACAGAAGAGGAAGAUCUACACAGAGUAGAAAUCCCCUUUGUGUUUCAGAUGGUGCAGUCUGGCCUUAUCCAUGGACUGGCAUUCUGGUUUGAUAUGGCCUUUGUUGGAUCUCUGGUUACGGUUUGGCUGUCAACAGCCCCAGCCGAGCCUCUGACGCAUUGGUAUCAGGUGCGGUGUCUUCUUCGGACUCCCCUCUUUGCCAAGGAAGGGGAGACUGUCUCUGGGACAGUGCUGUCUGUAGCCAAUAAACGACAGAGUUAUGACAUUCAGAUCGUGGCGCUGGUGAACCAAACAGGCUUCAGAUCUGGGAACAUCCUCGAUUUAAAGAAUCCAUUCUUUAGGUAA